AUGAGAAAAUCUGAAGGUGCCCCGUGUACAGCUAUACGCGAAAUCAGUUUAUUACGGGGACUUAAUCAUGCAAAUAUUAUAAAACUACACGAUGUUAUCUACGAGGCUGAAUCAUUGACAUUGGUAUUCGAGUUUGGAGGCAAAGAUCUUAGAAGCUAUAUGCGAUUGCGUAACAAUCACUUAUCAAUGAAUUUAGUUCGACUAUUCACCUUUCAAAUAUUUCGUGGACUUGAAUACUGUCAUGCACGACAAAUUCUACAUCGUGAUUUAAAACCACAGAAUUUACUUAUCAAUCAAAAUGGAGAUUUAAAACUGGCUGAUUUCGGUCUGGCACGUUCACAGUCUGUACCAAUCAAAACGUACUCGAGUGAAGUAGUAACACUUUGGUAUCGACCACCUGAUGUGCUUCUAGGUGAUAAAAACUACUCUGGUCACAUUGAUAUUUGGGGAGUUGGUUGCAUUCUUUAUGAAAUGACAACUGGUUAUAGUCUUUUUCCUGGUACUUCAAAAGAAGAUCAAGUAAAGAUUAUCUUUAAAAAAUUUGGAAUUCCACCGGAUUCCUACUGGCCAGGUUUAAGGAAUAAUUCAAAAUUUAUAGAAUAUUUCAGUCCACAUCAAAAAGAUCAUCCUAAAGCAUCCAACUUUUCUAAAUCAUCAUCUGAUCUUCGUGAAUCUAAUGAAAAAGUUAUAGUCCUAAAACAAAAUAAAGUUGAUGAGACUAGUUCUAUGACUGUUGAUGAAUACAAUAGUCAUAUAAUGAAAAAACUUUCAUCUUGUGCUUCUAGAUUAAAUCCAGAAGGACUAGAUUUAUUAUUCUCAUGUCUUGCACUAGUUGGAUUUCGUCGAAUCACAGCAUUCAAUGCAUUGAAACACGCAUAUUUUCAAGAUAUUCUACCCUCUAGUAUAAAUGUACACGAUUUAUUACCAGAACAAUCAAUUGCCUUUCUUGCUGGUGAACACAUAAAAUCGAAAUUCAGAUCUCAAUUCGAGUAUAGCAGGGUUAAAAAAGAUUCAAUAACUCUAAGCUCUGCAGCAGCCUAUGGUAAUAAACUAAACGGAUAUGAGACGUUAUCAAAAAGUUUGACAAAUCUCAAUACAAAUGUUCCUCACCUGUCAAACGAGUCUAAAGUAUCCAAUUCAUUGGCGUACAUACGUCAGUCAGUUGAUCAAACCUCCUCUAAAGACAGUCAACCGUUUCAACCAAUUCAGUCGAAAGAACCCCAGAAAUCUCGUCAACGUCGUCAUCAUUUAUAUCAUACUAAGAGAAAUGCAAAUACUACUACCCAGAAGAAUGAUUCACCUAAAAGUUGUAGCCUAUCUGACAUUGACUAUUCGCUUAGUGUAUGCAGUGAUUAUGAUUUAGUAUUUCACAGGAAUGUUAAACAACGUCAGCCACCGCCACCGCAUACAACAACAUCAUCAUCAACAACACCACCAACAACAACAACAAUUUCAUUAACAUCAAUCAAUAAAGAAGUAGAUUUAGACAAACAGACAAAAUUAUCCAAUAGAAAGUUUAGAUCUAUUUCAUCAGUACUAGGGAGUAAAUUAUUGUCUUAUCACAGGAGUAGUAGUAGUAUUAGUAGUAGUGGAUGCAGUAACAGUAUUAGUAGUACUGCAUCAAUUCGUAAUCAGACAACAAAGAGUUUGAAAACAUCUCUCAAGCAUAAAUUAUCUUCAUUUCAGUCAAAGACGAAAGGACUUCGAAAUCGGAUAAAAUCUUCAUCGCAUAAUCAAUUAAUAAUUGAACGUCCAUCCAGUGCAGUACCAAUAAUAACUAAAUCUUCUCAACAAACAAAUCUAAGCUAUUCAGGAGAUGUGAAGAGUCAAAAUGUCAAUAUUAACAGUACUAGGCUGCAUGUGGAUGAUGACGUAAUUACACAUGGUGUCGAAAAGAAUGUGACUAUUAGUAAAACUUGUGAUAUAAAAAGUGACCAGAAAUAUUUACCAACACAAGAUUCCUUGGAUAAUUGUCAUAAAUAUCCUAUAGAAAGCAUAAAAAGUAUCAAUGAAACUUCUGUACAUACAACUAAACCAGUUCAUAUAACCUACAGUCCAUCCUAUCAACAAGGUGAUAAAAUUAAUUCAGAAUAUACUAAUAAUUUAUUAAAUAAUUCUAGCAUUUCUAUAAAUCAUUGUAAAGAUAAUCAAUUGAAUAAUCAGUCAUCAUCUUCCUCAGAGUUUAUUAACCAACCUAUUCGUAUAAAUAACUUAAAUUCAAAAAGUGGACAUCCUACACAUAAUUUUGUAUCAAAUAUUUUACAACAUACAAAUAAUUGCCGUAAAAGUUGGAAUAGUUCUGGUUCAUCUAAUCUUGAUACUCCAUUCGAUGAACAAAGCGUAUCCAAAUAA